UUAUGGUCACUCUCUCUUCUCUAGGCUCUCACGCUCAUCUCUCUCCAUUUUCUCUCAUUGUAUAUUCCUGAAUUACGAGAACAAAAAUGGAUCGAAGCAGCAGCAUCUGUGCUCUGAUCUUCAUCUGCAUUGCUGUGGCUGGGGUCGGCGGUCAAGCCCCGGCAGCAGCGCCCACUACCACACCGGCAAAACCCACCACUCCGGCUGCACCAGUUUCUUCACCACCCGCAGCUGCAACAGCGCCUACCAAGCCCAAAACUCCAGCCCCGGUGGCAACACCAACAGCGGCCCCAACGAAGGCAGCUUCAUCUCCGCCAGCUCAAGCUCCCAAGGCCACUCCACCGACAGUCAAAGUUCCAGCCCCAGUUGCAACACCUGCUUCUUCACCAAAGGCAGUGACCGCUCCGCCCUCUCCAGUUCCGGUGAGCUCUCCACCAUCACCUUCGCCUACAUUGACUCCCCCGGUAGCGGCGCCUACGAUUGCUCCCGCGUCAACACCAGCAGUUCCCCCAGCAGCACCUGUGUCGGCACCACCUGCGGAGGUACCUGCACCCGUACCGGCGCCUAGUAAGAAAAAAACCAAGAAGAAGAAGAAGACGAAGCACCACGCACCGGCCCCGUCUCCCCUGCCUGUGAGCCCUCCUGCGCCGCCCACCGAGGCUCCUGGGCCAAGCACUGACAUUUCACCCGGACCAGCGGCGGACCUGAAUUCGAAUGGAGUAGAGAAGAUAUGGGGCGUACAGAACAUGUUGAUGCUGGGAGGAGCUCUACUCUGCGCUUUGCUUGUGUAGUAGGGAGGUGAAGGCAGUGACAGCAGAGCAGCAGAGCAGCAGAUCAACCAGAUCUUCUCAUUUUAUCUCUUUUUUUGUUGUAUAUCUUCCACUUCUACUUUUCUUCUUCUUCUUCACUAUGUGACCUGCUAUUUACGGACUUCCAUUAUUCCCUUUCUCUUUCUUGUUGGGGAGUUUCAUAUUUGAUUAUAAUUGAUUGGUUGGGGACGCUUCUGAGCUAUUUGGAGAUCAUAUGUUGGGUGGAUCAUUACACAUUUGGAUGGGAUUCUUUCAGAUAACUUUUUUUUUUUUUCCUGGAGCAUGGAAAAGUUGGAGCAUUGGUGUGUAAUUUAUGUAAUGAAUAUUAUUUUUUGUUUGGUUAUUGAUAUAUUCUAUAUAUAAUUGGAGCCA